UAAAAAAGAAAAAAGAACUUUAACUCUAUCUUCGAAGUUCGAACACAAAAUAUCGGGCUUAGUAAUUCGUCAAUUUUUAUUUAGCUGGGACAUAUAAAGGAAUGAUCACGAAGAUAUUCACAUUAUGGUUAUUAAACUUGUAUACAACGCAGCACUAUGUCCAAGGAUAUGUGGAGCUGGCUAAUGGAAUAAUGUAUGAAGUUGUCACUGAUCUUAAAAACUUUAAUGAUGCUGAAGCUUACUGCAGAAAUUUAGAUGGACUACUGCUUUACUCGAUAACAAGUACAUCAGUACAAAAUGCACUGAGUAAUGCUAUAACAAGCAACCUAACCUGGAAUGCCCACUCUUCCUAUUGGAUUGGCUUAGAUGAUACCAUAACCGAAGGAAUAUUUAUAUGGAACAAAGGGGAGGCUUUAGGCAGUGGUGAUUAUACUAACUUCCACUCUUCAGUUGGAGCACAAUCACAUGAAAAUAAAGACUGUGUGAACAUUGACAAAGCUAGUUCUUGGCAGUGGUUAGCCAGUAACUGUGCAGAAAGGAAACCAUUCAUUUGUCAAAAAGCUACUUGCCAACAUCAGCCUAAUAUUGGUCCAACGGGCACAAGAACUGACAUCCCAGCACUUGACUGCCCUGUCAGCUGCCCUGCUUUUCAAGAUUGCAUUAACAAAGUGUGCAGGUGCAAUGUUAUUUUCAAAGAGGAUUCCAGAAACUGUGAUGAGUCUUCAGGCAUAACAGCAACACAUGAGGAAGUAUUGGAUGGUAAGACUUAUCUUUUUUUUAAAGAACAGGCAAGGUAUACAGAGGCUUCAGAUUUUUGCAAAGACACCUGGGGUCGCUUAGCCAUGCCAAAAUCAAAGGUUGUGAAUGAUUUUAUCUACACAAAAGCACGCAUGCACCUCUUGGCUUUUGACUCUACAGUAUGGAUUGGAUUACUUCAAACCAACCCACAAAACUUUUAUGAGAAAGAUGAAUGGGCAUUUUCAGAUUAUGAAUCUGUUAACUUGCCACCAGAGUUUGGAGACAUGACUGUAGGUGGAGAACUUCCAUUGUAUACGUAUAACUUUACCACUCUAACGGAGCGUUGGCAUUUUUUUUAUUUUGCCACUGAGCCUUGGUACAACCGCCAGGAAGCCAUAGAUCAUUGUGCACUCACAGGUUCACACUUUCCCUAUUUACUGCAUAAAAGUGAGCAUGAUAGACUUAUCGAGUUGUUAAAGGUAAGUUAAGUUUAGUUUUAUUAUGAACUUACAGCUUGAAUGUGAGACAUUAUUUUCUAUUAGAUAUUAAAUGUAUGUUAUAUGUUUACGUUUGUUUCAAAGGCUGCAAAUCAUAGAAUAGACAUUUAAAAUGACUGUAGUUAGUUGCAUUAAGUCUAAAAGGAAAUAUAAAAAAGGGUAUUACUGUGCUAACUGUUACAAAAAAAUAUGUAUACUGAAGUAAUGCAUAGUAGUAGUUGAAACAUGAUUUAGUGAAUUUCUGUCAAUAUAAAAAAUACUAUUCCUUAAAUUUGACUAUUUUCUCCACAUAUAUAACCUCUUAUCUUGUUGUUGAACUUUAUGGAGCUUU